AUGUGUUCCCCUUGCCCUAUUCUCCCGUGUCCCGGCUCGCCCUGCUGCACCCCCUUGCCCCCGAUGUGCGGCCCAUUUCCGCCCUGCCCGCCCUGCAGUCCGCCCACCUGCACCCCCUGCUGCACCAUCCCGUCCAUUUGCACCGCCGACAUCCCCUUGGGGCUGAUGCCCAGCGUCCCGCCGCCAUGCAUACCCUGCCAGCCCUGCGCCCCCAUCCCCUGCGCCGCCAUAACGCCCUGCGCGCCCCCGCCGCCCGUGCCGGUGGCGCCCCUGGCGCAGCCCUGCUCGCCCACCUCUCUCGUCUACACCGCCAAGAUCACAUGUUUUUAUUUGGUCGAAUAA